AUGUGGUCGCAUCUGCGCUUCUCUACCAUGUCUGCUCUACCCCUCCGAACCAUGAAGGACAUCCCAUCCAUCAGCUCCCUCUACCGAUCUAUGGACCUGAGCCCUCGCGCAGGCACCCCACAGCUCGUCCCGUCUGCCAAUCAAGAGCUCAACGACAAGAUCUGCACCAUCCAAGAAGACAUCACUGUCCUCCAGGUCGACGGGAUUGUCAAUGCUGCGAACUCUGGCCUCGGCGGAGGAGGUGGUGUUGACGGAGCCAUUCACCGCGCUGCCGGUCGUGGACUCUCGAAAGAGUGUCGCGAAAUAGGCGGAUGCUUUACCGGUUCUGCAGUGAUCACCGACGCUUACAACCUGCCCUGCAAGAAGAUCGUCCAUGCCGUCGGUCCUGUAUUCAAGAGCUACGAGCGUGAUGAACCUACCCUGCGCAGCUGUUACACCAAAGCACUCUCCCUUGCUGUCGAACAUAACCUCAAAACCGUUGCUUUCCCCGCUAUCUCCACCGGCGUAUAUGGCUACCCCAGUGAUGGUGCUGCUCACGCGGCCUGUGCAGCAGUCUACACCUUUUUGACAGGACCAAAGGGCAAAGGGCUAGACAAAGUCAUCUUCUGCAACUUCUUGGACCGAGACGUCGAAGCUUAUGCCAAACACAUCCCGUGA